AUGGCGGACGAGGGGACGGCCAACUGCAUCGACAUCAUCCUCGCCGUCAUCCUGCCGCCGCUCGGCGUCUUCUUCAAGUUCGCCUGCGGGAUCGAGUUCUGGAUCUGCUUGCUGCUCACCUUCUUCGGCUACCUCCCCGACAUCGUCUACGCCGUCUGGGUCAUCAUCGGAGGGGCUCCUCACCUCUGCCUGCCUCUAGGUAUGCAUGCCUAA